AUGGAUAACUCUUCCCAUAUAGAAAAAGUAAAUUCGGCGAGGAUAAGAGAUAGUAAAGGUUAUCAAAAUAAAACGAGUAAAAAUGAAUCCAAAUUUCGAAAUUUUUGUGGGCCUACUAAAUUUAUGUUAGAUGUACCAAAUAUAGAUGAUGGGUUGAAAUUUUUAAAACAUGAAUUGGAUAGUAGUAUCCUUGAUUUUAGUUAUAAUACAAUGUUUUUAAAUGAAAAAAUAGAUCGAUUAAAUGAUAUUGAAAGCAAUAUACGUAUACCUAUGGAACUACCUAUGAUGUAUUCAUUAAACAUGGAAAAUGAUGAGGAUAUAGAUAAAUGGGUCAAAGAACAAAAUAAAUGUGAUAAAGAAAACGACGUAAAAAGCAAUAAAAAAUGCAAUCAUAUUCAUUUAACUGAAAAAAAUAAUGAAUAUUUUUCAACGAUUCCAUUUGUUUCUAAAUUUGAAAAAAACGAUUUUGAUUUAUUAAAUAAAACUAUACCUAAUUAUAUUAAAUAUGUGAAAAAUAAUAUUUCGAAUAAUGAAUAUAAAGUAGGAAAAGAAAAUAUGGGAGAUGAUGAUAUUCAAAAUGAUAAUCUUGACAAUGCGCCGACAGACAGUGCAGGUAAAAGUAACAUAAAAAAUAGCAAGCUUUUGUAUAACCACUAUUUUAAACAUCCAUAUAAUAAAUUUGCAAAAGUAAAGAACAUAUAUCCUAUUAUUCCACAUGUUUCCGGGUGGAAAUGUAAAUAUGUGCAAGGUGUUAUGGAAAUAGAAAGUGCAAAUAAUAAUAUGAUGGCUAUUAAAAAAAGUGAUAAUAAUACAAAAUCUGUAAAAUAUAAUGGUCAAGAAAACGAUAACCAAGGAAAUGAUAUUAAUCAAAAUGAUGAUACAGAAAAUAACAGGAAAUUGCAUCUCAUUUUACAUUUAGUUGAAAAAACACGAGAUAAGCAUGUAUAUGGGUUGUAUAAAAGCCAAGAAAUCGACGAAAGUAAAAAAGAGAGGAGCAAACAUAUCCAUGAUGUGGAUAAUUCUUUGAGUGAUGAUGUUUCCAAUGAAAAACAAAAUGAUGUAAUUGUUGAAAAGAUUGAAAAAAAUGAAAAUAGUCACAAAGUAAGAAAUAAAAAAUAUACUAAGAAUGAUGCGACCGAAAAAGAAAAUACCACCAGUACAAUGUCAAAAAACCAAAAAAGAAAAAUAAGCCUCAGCAAAUUUCUCAUAAAAAAACACAUUUUAAAAUUGCAAAAAUUGGAAAAAAUGAAAGCAGAAAUGACACCUGAAGGUGAAAUAAAUGAAAACAGUGAUUUAUUAUUUAAAAAAAAUAAAGGAACAGAAAACAAUAGUGUUGGGAAUUUGAUAAAACACAAUGAAAAAGAAAAAAACAAAAAAGAGAAUAAUAAUGAAGAUGAUCAUAAUAUGGCACAAUCUGACAAGGAGGUAGAAGAAAUAUAUGAAAAUGUGCAAUCCUUCAAAUAUGUGAGGGAUUAUAAAUCUCCUUCAUUUUCUGCAAAUGAAAAGGAUCAAUUUUCAUAUAUACUUAGUUUUUCAAAAAAACAUAAAUUAGCUUUUCUAUUACCUACUAUAUCAAAAAAAAUUAUUUUUUCAAAAACUGGUCAACAAAAAAGAAACAAAUUUAUUAUACUAAAAGAAUAA